UUUCAGCUCUGAACAACUGAUGCACAGACAGCUGUUUCUCCCUUCCCCUCCUUCUUGCUCCCCUAACUAUUCUCCUCUUUUCACUUCUUCCCUACACUGCCUCCAUUCAUCCCCUCUGUACUUUCCCCUUCCUUCCCUCCACUUUGUCAUUCUGCCCUGCACUUUUCCUCAGGCAGAUAUAAAGGCAGGUCCUGUUGAAGGGAGAGGGCUUGUGUAAUCUCUGGCUGCACAUGAGCACAGGAGAGCUAUUGCUUCAGCUGGAAAGGCACCGCAACAGAAGACUUGGAAACAACUAGAGGACUAAACUUUGGGAUAAGCAGAGGAAGGAGGAAUCCCUCUAAGACAGGAAGGGAGGAGAAGAAGCGAGCCACAGACAGAGUUUGGAGUUGGAGGGGUGCAGGAAACAGACCAUGCCGGGCUCUGUGGUGCUGCUGCUGCUGCUCUCCCUGUUGGUCCUGUCCACAGGAAGUGAUGCCAGACGAAUCAGGAAAAGAGGACUCAACCAUAAGGAUUAUGAGUACCCCAACCACUCCCAGUCCACACAGCACCAGAAGAAUGACCGGUGUCCGCCACCUCCCCAGAUGCUACCAGAGCGAGCCUGCGAGGUCCCGGGCUGCCGCUCAGACUCCGAGUGUGAGCGCCAUAAACGCUGCUGCUACAACGGCUGCAUCUACGCCUGCCUGGAGUCAGUUCAGCCGCCACCGGUGCUGGACUGGCUGGUGCAGCCCAAGCCUCGGUGGUUGGGUGGUAACGGCUGGCUGCUAGACGGCCCUGAGGAGGUUCUGCAAGCUGAGGCCUGCAGUACAACUGAGGAUGGAGACGAGCCUCUCCACUGUCCCACAGGCUACGAGUGCCACAUCAUUAACCCAGGAAACCCUGCCGCUGGCAUCCCUAACCGGGGACAGUGCAUCAAGCAACGUGGGAACUCCGAUGGACGCGGCUUGAGGCACAAAUACUUUAAGGACUACAAGGACUACUUAGGUACCAGCUCUAACAAUGCAGUAGGCUACGAAAAACAUCACAAGCACCUGGGAUGAAAUCAACAAUGACCUCAGCCUCAGCUACGACCAUAACCCAACCUCAGACAUCAGACCAGUCCUGUUCGAUCUGCUCUCAUUACACCUGAAUCAGGAUCAGUUCUCACCUUUUUACUACACCCACAGCUGCUACCUCCUCUUUGCAAAGCCCAGUUUUGUUUUGUUUUUUUUUUUUGUUUUUGCAGCCUCUCCUCAGUCUCAGUUUUCUUUGGGAGACAAGUCUGAUGCAUUUACAUUACACAGCCAAAGAAAUAAGUGCUUUUUUUUGUCUCUCUGUCUAAUAUCUGUAAAAGGAAGGAGCAGAGGGUGUUGAUGGUGAAGCAGAGGAAGAGAGAGCAGGGUGUGCACCAAAAAUUGCAAAGGAAGUAAGGAAACCUUGCCAUUUUAUCAUUUCUUCACAACCCGCUCCCUCAGCACCAUUCAUUCUUAUUCUCACAUACAGAAAAUCAAGACCAUAUGGUCCUGUUAGCCAUUCUCUAAAAGACGCUACUCAAAUUUCCUCAAACCUGGAGGGUUUUAUAGACAUCUAAUUAUAAGAACAAAUGCCAUAUGAGUGUGUGGAUUCUGUCAGUUUUGAAGGAUUUGGAAAAGCUGUGGGUUGGUUUUAGCCCACAGAUGCUGACUGUGACAUUGUUGCUUUGAAAAGCAAAAGAAAAUAAAAUAGUAAAUACAAGGGGAGAAGCUGAGUAAAAUUUACAUUUAAAUAAAUAUUCUACCUGUGAAUGAGGAGACUUUGACCAGCUUUUAAAAGCCACCUUUAAAUAAACCUACAGAGAGCAAGUGCUUGAUACUGAAAAGAUAGAUUAAAAUAAUUUACAGAAAAUUUUUUUUAGACAAGUAAUGAAGCGAGUCAGUCAUGUAACGAAUAUGUAGCCUGGCCAGCGCUGUAUGAUUAUGCAAGAGUUUCAUAAUUUUCGUGUGUGCAUGUGUUUUCUUGUGUGUGAGUCAUCUGAUGACAAAUUUAGAUUAUCUGACAAACAACAUAAUUCAGUCUGCCUAUUAAAUUAUCACACCACCACAACCCCGUGUUGCAGUAUAACAUAAUAAAUAAUGGAAAGGGCCUUUGCACACUUCUGUUUUAUUCUCCAACUUAACUUGCUUCAGUCGACUGUUCAACUUAAGAUGUCUCUGUAAAUUCAAAUGGUGCUUAUUUGCAUUGCUGCCUAUAAUAACAGGAGAAUAAGCUGGUCAUAUAAUAAGCUGAAGGUGCAAAACAAAAGCUGUAACCAUUCUCUUUGUGCAGAACUAAAGUGAUGUCUGAAUGUUUCGAUCUGACUGGUGCUGUAGUGCUGCCUUGUUUAUUUUAAAUAAACCACAUUGUUG